GUACUCUAGGGAGCAUUUACUUUGAGAUAGCUUGGUGCUAUUAUCAACAAUAUGUAAAAACAUGAUUUGCCUGAUGCUACUGCGUAUCGUGGCAUCAGUUUAUUAUUUUAAUUAUCAAGUCACUGAUAAUAUGAUGAUAUAUUAGUUUUGGGGUAUCUAGGCGAAUACACAAAUGUUUUUGGAUCAUAAAAUAUGCCGUCUAUCACCUUGGCAUUUCACUGCGUGUGAAUAUCUCUUUUCUACGUCCGUAUAGCAUCGCGUAUUGGCUCAUCCUUUCUCCAUUGGAUCAUCGCUUUUUGUUUAAUGGGCGGGAACCAUAACAAUCUGGGAGUUUACUUAACUGUGCUUACCAUUAUGUUUGACUUUUUAAACACACCCCGAAAUAACUAGAAAAAUUGCAACACUUCUUCUUUGGUGAAAGAACUCCUUGGAUAGAACCCGCCCUAUCAGUUCAGCUGAGCCUCCAGUGUGAUGCACCUUCUGGUAAGGAUUUGCUCCUUUCAAUUAAAGCGAUCAUGCUGAGUCGGUUCUCAGUGAAAUGGCAGCAUACUAAAGAAUGAGACGUCAAUAAAAAUUUACUUAUUGCUUUGUUGACCUGCCUAGAUCCAUUGACGCCCUGCUAAAAGCAUUGUUUGUUUCCCCCCAAAAAAACGAGAAAGUAUAUUUCCUAGACUUCAUCCUGUUUAAAAUUAUAGUUUUUUUUUUGGACUCCUUUCAUGUUAGAGGCAAAAUUCACCUCAUUUGUCUCUCUCAGACUGAAACUCACUUCUUCUUCUAGCGUCAAUCUAAAGAACAUUCACAAAAAGCGUUAAUACACGUGGUUUCAUUAACCCUACAUACCAUUUCUACUCCUUCUAUAGUCAUUGAAAGUUGUACUCUGUACCAUAGAACAGUUAAAUGGAUGCUUUAUGAAGCCCUCACGCGAAUCAUUUCUGACAUGUGUUUGCGGAUUGGCACACCACUUACCGUCAAACGGGUCUCGUUUCUUCUGUGUAAUUUAAUCGAUGACGAUCUCGUAGAUGCGCUGUGCCUGCGUAUGCUUCAUGACGGAAUACUGGUCAAAUGCACCGAGGAGACCUUCACGACCCGUAACAUGGCGAAAAUUUCGGUUCUGAACUCCUUGAUCACCGAGGAGUACCAACACCUAGGGAUGAUACUGAUGCAGGUGAAUGAAAGAAGUUGGGUUCGUUACAUCCCGCUCACCGCUGAGCACCGUUUCUUUGAGCUGAGGCCUUCCAGUAUUGGAGCCGAUGCGGGUCUUGGCCUCUUCCUCCGUAGCAGCCGUCGCAUCCCUCAAGGCUGUGUCUUAUGCGAAUACCGUGGGAGAUUGCUCAAGGCGUUGCCACGGACCGCGGAGAAUGGGACGUAUGUGGUGCGGGUGCGGAAUACCGCCUCUUAUCUCGACGGGGUUACUGAGGACGGCUUGCAGCAUCUUUCCCUCGCGACCUUUAUCAACGACAACGGGCCUUUACGAGCAAACGCCGCCAUGACGGAGUACAACAGACAUCCAGGGCGUGUUUUCGUCGUGGCCAAUAGAGACAUUCAGCCAAGGGAAGAGAUCUUUGUUGUGUAUGGGGCCACGUACUGGGGAUUCACGUCGUAUGCCGAGCUUAAGAAAGCGGAAGCGAAACGCAGUAAACGGAGACGUACUCCUGUUGAGGAUGACGCAAUGAGUUGCCAUAAUCUGAUCAUGCCCUGUCGCAGAUGCGGGGACAACAUCGUAAGGCGUUCUUUGCAUCUGCACAGCGAACACUGUGGGGAUUCUCUUAUAAAUAAAAAGCUUUUACAUUUAGAUUGUCUACCUUUUCACGACUUUACGGCUGCGGAUGUAUCGUUUAAAGUUCUAUAUGAGCACAGAAAAAAGGCAUUGCAGCGUGCUAAGUCCUUUGUAAAUCUGUCCGAACCCCAGACAUUUUCUCACACUCAUGAAGAUGCUGUGGGUAAUUUGGAAUUUACGUUUAAAGAAAGUGUGUAG